CCACAGUCCGUCAGUGGAAACAGCGGAGCUGCGCGUAGACAACUGGAGACUCUGGAUUAAAAGAGCGCACCAGCCCUGCAUGAUUUUUUUCUUUUUAGGUUCAGAUUUUUUCUGGCUGUUUGACUGCUGUGCUUGUUUGAUCGGGUUUCUGGAUGCAGGUGCGUAACGUUUCAAGAAUCCACCACUGACGGACCAACCAUGGACAGCUUAGGCAGCAGCCGCUGCAAGAUCGUGGUGGUCGGGGAUACUCAGUGCGGGAAAACGGCGCUCCUGCACGUUUUUGCCAAGGACUGCUAUCCAGAGAACUAUGUGCCUACAGUGUUUGAAAACUACACAGCCAGCUUUGAGAUAGACAAGCACCGGAUUGAGCUCAAUAUGUGGGACACAUCAGGUUCUUCUUAUUAUGACAAUGUAAGGCCGCUGGCAUACCCCGACUCUGAUGCUGUUCUCAUCUGUUUCGACAUUAGCCGACCAGAAACAUUGGACAGCGUCAUUAAAAAGUGGCAAGGAGAGACACAAGAGUUUUGUCCCAAUGCUAAAGUGGUGCUGGUGGGAUGUAAGCUGGACAUGAGGACAGACGUCAACACCCUGAGGGAACUCUCCAAGCAGCGACUAAUCCCUGUCACUCAUGAGCAGGGAAGCGCGAUUGCCCGACAGAUCGGGGCUGUGGCCUAUGUGGAGUGCACCUCCAAGGUUUCUGAGAACAGCGUCCGGGACGUGUUCCACAUCACUACCCUAGCAUCGGUGCGGAGGCCACACAAGCCGCAGCUAAAACGCAGUAGUUCCCGCAAAGCCCUGAAAAGGGUGUCACAGCUGCCUCUGCCACCUCUAACCAGUCGGACUGAACAAACGGACCAAGCCCCGGCCAUCCGGAAGGACCGGGCCAAGAGCUGUAUCCUAAUGUAGAGUUCAAGGCUCAAUCUUAUGCAGUAUAUAUGUAAAUACACAAAAACAGAAAUAUAUGAAAGAGAAAAUCUAUUUAUUAUUUGAUGUUUUUUCUUUUGUGCAUAAUUUUUUUCACUGUAGAUAACGAGAAAGGCGCUCCAUGAAAACAAAUGGUUUGGAUUUUAUUUCCCCCCUUUUGCCGAUUCUGUGCAUAAUUUAGAUGCUGUUCUUCUUUUUUGUGUUGUUGUUUUGGUAAUUUGGACUAACCCUGCGGAAAUGCAGAAGCUACGAUAGUGGAAGCAACAUGUUGUUGGAGGGAAUUAAAGGGAAAUUAAUUUCCUGGGAAGGAUGCCGGAGUGGAGAGCAGAGAGUGGCCUUGUGAGGGGGAGCCGGGUUUGUUCAGGAUAUCUGCAAAUUAAACUUGCUGUAUUCUCUGACAUUGUUGCCUAGCAAAGGUACGCCGCCUGAAGUAACUUCCUGUUGCCAUAUUUGCCAGGAAAACAAGCAAAGCCAAUGUUUAUGCUGAAAGUGGACACUGCUGUUUUACUGAAUGAUGACUGGCUAAUGAAAGCUGGAAUUGGAGAGAGACUGCAGUAUUGUUCAUGUGUGUGAGUGUGUGAGCACUAUCACCAAAAGUGCAUUUUAGGAAAAAUAAAUAUUGUAUUUCUUCUUUUAUUUUAAAACUGUUUCAAUGAAAUUAAAGCCGUUUACACUAUUUGAAUGCUUCUUGGUGGAAAAAUAAAAAGCUAAAAA